CAUAAUUUGGGAAGAUGCACAGAAAUAUUUGGUUUUCGGCACCACGUAGUCGAUUGAACUGUGCGGUUUGACAGGCAUUUUUGAAAACAUGCUUAAAAGUACAAUUAUAUUAGCAGUUGCAAUUUCACAACUGCUAGAAUUGGCAACGUCAGAGAAUGGUUACUCAAGAGAUGUUCCAUCAAACCAAUUACAGUACCCAGGAACACAGUUUUCCGGCUACCAAUAUGGUAAUGAAGAGGACCUCAUGGUGGGAAGUGUACCAGGUAUUCCUGGGAGAGAUUACCCCACCUACGCAUUCCCACCCGAUACAUCCUUUCGAUGCCAGGACCAACGUUUUCCAGGAUAUUACGCCGAUCCAGAAGCACGCUGCCAAGUAUUUCAUAUUUGUCAAACUGGUAAUCGAAAGGACUCUUUUCUAUGCCCUAAUGGAACACUUUUCAAUCAGGAGUUUUUAGUUUGCGACUGGUGGAACCACGUAGAUUGCGCAAGAGCUAGAGAAUUUUAUUCGAUUAAUGAAGUUAUUCAGAGGGCGAUGGAGGAGGCGACUCAACGACUACUUUAUGAAGCUGCACAAAGAGCCAGAGAACAAUAUGAAUCUGGCUACAACUAUAGGAACCCUCUCUUAAAUGGAGCAAAUGGGUAUUAUGCGGAUCGAGAUCAAGGCACUGGUUCUAAUCAAAUAGCGCCGAAUAGGCAGUACUUGCCUUCAAAUUAGGAUGUUUCCAUUGCCAUAAUUGCACAAUUUCAUAUAUGUAUAUAAUCACCAUAAAUAUAAUGUAGAUUUAGUUGAAGCAUCAA